AAAGUGUUUCGUGUCUGUCUGUGCUUGGGGACACUUGACUUAAGAGGUUGGACAAAAGUGGAUCCAGUUGAUGUCGGGGGGGUUAGAGGACUGUGGAAUGGCGCCAGGAUCCAGCAGCAGAGCGCACACAGCCGACAAACCUCCGGACCUCCCGGCAGAAGCUGCUCUCACGGAGGCUGGACUCGUUUAUCAAAGGUUGAAGACAGAGCUUUAUCUCUGAGUUGUACUCAGAGUUGUCCCGGAUGGUGGAUCGCGCUGUCUUCUGCGCGCACUGACGCCUCCAUCGGAUUUUACGCACACGUCGCUGCAGAAAAGCAACAGGGAAACCCUCUCGAUGGCCCUUUCUCGUCAUAACCAGAGGGCAGCAAGUUUGAAACUACCAGCGUGGUGAUAUUUUCUGUUUCUAAGGGAAUUAUUCCUCCUAGCGACGCUCUGGUGCCGACAUGUUCCCCUGGCGGUGCGCCCGUGCCUCGAUUUCCGCGCCAGGACUGUGGACUGUUCGCCUGUCACUGGUUUCACACGUCUCACUGGAUUAUAACAGAGGACACUGACCUCGCUCUUCAUUACAACUCACUAGUGUUUGGGGACUCGACGUCUUUUUGGAGAGACAAGCAGAAACCUUCCUCUUUGAGUUUGACACCACAAGGCGCGCAGCGAUGGCGCGUCCGCUCCGCGUCCUGCUGCUGCUGCUGCUGCUGCACUUGUCGGUGCUGCAGCUGACGUGCCGGGCGGCAGCGGCUGGUCGGGUGCGGAAGAAGGCCUCCAGGACUCGGGCAUGCACGGACCUGCCGGAGGAGAUCCUGGAGCAGAUGUUCGGGCGGCUCUCGGUCGGAGUGAUGAGCGCCUUCCAUCACGCGCUCCAGCUGGAGCCGCAGGACAAACUGAACCGGACCUGCCCGAGCACCGCGCGACCGUCCACGGCCGAGAGGAAGACCCGCCUCCCGGUCAACCUGCUCAGCAUCUCCCCCUGGGCCUACAGGCUCUCGUACGACCCCACCAGGUACCCCCGCUACAUCCCUGAGGCCUACUGCCUGUGUAAGGGCUGCCUGAUGGGAGAGGAGAGCCACCAGUUCCGCAGCACCCCGGUCUACGCUCCCACUGUCAUCCUGAGGAGAACGGGCUCCUGUGUCGGAGGCCGCCAUUCCUACACCGAGAUCUAUGUCUCCGUGGCUGUGGGCUGCACCUGUGUGCCGAUGCUGCAGAAAGAGAGGGAUGCACACAGCAGCAACCAGAGCCUGGAGAGAGCAGGGCCUAAAGCCAGGAGACCGCUCACGUCUGCAGGGAAGAAAGUGUGAAGAACGCUGCUUCUGCACCACAUCCACAUCUGUGUGUUUCCUUUAUCUUCCACUGUCACUAUAACCAGAAUUACAGCCAACCAGAGCAAUUUCAGUCUACAAAAAUGUUUCUUGCAUCUUGCUCGUCAUUUCAUCUUUGAGUCAGUCUUCAGAUCUAAUGUUCAAGAGGCCACUGUGACCUUCAACCCCCAAAAAUCAAUUCAUCUUUGACUCCGUCCGACCAAAUGAGAAAUUCCCUUGAGUUGUUUCUGAGAUGUUGCGUUCACAAGGCCAAAAUGUGUUUUAACCUUCGACCACUGAUUUCAAAUCAGCUCAUCCAUGAGUCAAACUGGAUGUCUGUACCCAAUUUGAAGAUAAUCCCUCAAGGCGUUCUCGAGAUAUCGUGUUCACAAGAAAGGGGCGAACGGACAGACAUCAACGAAAACAUAAAACCUCUGACCCACAGGCUGUUGCUGGCAUGGAGACAUAUAAAUAUAAAUGUAAUAAAUAAAUGUAAUUAUUUUACCUGCUUCCCUAAACUCUCUUAUUCGGAUGAAAUAAGGUUUGAUUUACUUCUCCUCAUCCUUGAUAAACUCCUCAAAUGUUUUCACAUUAGAAAAGAAUUAACUGUAUUUCAUCAACUUUCUUUCCCGACUUGAUUGGGACCCAAACUUGGACCCAAGAAGAUGUGAUUGGACGACAGUUGUAUAAUGACACAGAAGAUAACAGCAAACUGAAUCUGCACCUGAUGGUCUGACUGUAGAGAAGAGUCCAGCAAAGACUCUGAGAUACAGAAACAUGUUUCACCUCUGCUGUGAAGCUGUGCACAUGCAUCUGUGUGGGUCUUCCCAGGUUUUCAGAAAAUCAUCAGAUUCCUGCACCACAAACAUAAUGAUUAAAUGAAACUUUCAAGAAUGAAA